ACGCAUAAAACUAGUGAUGGUCCUAAGUCAGGCAACAUCAGGCAUCCCAUUUGGCAAUGCGACGAACCCAUUGUUGAAGUUGGUAGGCUACGAUGGGGCGAAAACAGAAUGUCUCAAGUGGCGUACGAGCUAGGAGAGGUCAACUGCGCGUCAGCCGCAGCUCAAUAUAAGACACGAUCCCCUCACCACCGAAGCGAGCAAUGCGAAUACGAUGUGUAACUUCGCCAAACCUGCGCAACCCAUCUUCCUAUAUUAACGCAAGCCGUUGCCAGCCUCUUUUGCCCUUAACCUGUUACCCUAAUUUUCCCACUCACAAUUCUACACCGAAUCGCACAAUGCAGUUCCUUUAUUCCCUCCUCGCUACAUUCGCCUUCUCUUUUGCAUACGCGAAACCUUGUAGCACAUCCACCACCACACCAACCACUUGCGACUACGACCAGUGGCAUCAGGAGCGCAAGGUCCUCCUCGGACCAAGUGCGCGGAUCAACGUGCAAUGCUGGGCACCCGGACGUUCUGUCAUGGGAAACAAUCGCUGGUUUUAUGUGAAUGAUAGAGAAUGCUGGGUCAAUUCUAACGUGUUUGGUCCGAGGUGUAACGGUAUGUCAACCUUCAGAUACGAUGGGAUCUAAGACGUGGGGAGGCUGAUGUACGAGUAGAUGGGUUGCCGCCAUGCCCGCGUCGAUAGACGUAGAAGCAGCGAAGGAAUUUAUUGGGGUGCAACAUGGGAGGGGACAAAAGACAAGAUGGACAGCAAAUAGGACUACUUGAAACAGUGAUCAACUGAU